CCCCCCUCCACCUGCGCGCGCGCCGCCGGCAGGACCCGCCCCGCGCGCCCCUAAUUGGCUGCGGGGGGAGGGGCGGCUCAUUAGUGAUGCGGGCGCGCGCCGCGGCCCCGGAGUCGGCGGCGGCCGGAGCGGGGAGCGGAGCCCGCACCGCGGCCCCGGGAGCCCGGCAGCGCGGGGGGCAGGAGCGGCGAGACCCCUAAAACCGUCCAAAAACCCACUGAAUUCUCUGGCUGGAGCUCGGCUCCGCAUCCCCGGGCUCCGCAUCCCCGGGCUCCUCAUCCCCGGGCUCCGCAUCCCCGGGCUCCGCAUCCCCGGGCUCCGCAUCCCCGGGCUCCGCAUCCCCGGCUCCAUCCCCGGGCUCCGUUCCCGGCUCCAUCCCCGGCGCUGCGGGCUCAGCAUGGGCGGAGGAGCCCCGCGCCUGCACCGGCGGCUGCUGCUGCUGCUGCUGGGGCUGUGCAGCUGGACGGCCGCGCUGCGAGGCCAUGAGAGCAGCGAGGCGCUGCCGGAGUCGCUGCCGUCGGCGCCGGGGACGCUGCCGCAUUUCCUGCAGGAGCCCGACGACUCCUACAUCAUCAAGAGCGCCCCGAUCGCGCUGCGCUGCAGGGCCGCGCCCGCCAUGCAGAUCUUCUUCAAAUGCAACGGGGAGUGGGUGCACCAGAACGAGCACACGGCGCGCGAGGGGCUGGACCCCGCCACCGGGCUGAAGGUGCGCGAGGUCUCCAUCAACGUCACCAGGCAGCAGGUGGAGGAUUUCCAUGGCCCCGAGGAUUACUGGUGCCAGUGCGUGGCCUGGAGCCACCUGGGCACCUCCAAGAGCAGGAAGGCGUCGGUGCGCAUCGCCUAUCUCCGGAAGAACUUCGAGCAGGACCCCCAGGGCAAGGAGGUUCCCAUCGAGGGGAUGAUUGUGCUGCACUGCCGGCCCCCCGAGGGCGUCCCUGCGGCCGAGGUGGAGUGGCUGAAGAACGAGGAGCCCAUCGACUCCAACCUGGAUGAGAACAUCGACACCAGGGCCGACCACAACCUCAUCAUCCGCCAGGCACGCCUGUCCGACUCGGGCAACUACACCUGCAUGGCUGCCAACAUCGUGGCCAAGCGGAGGAGCCUGUCAGCCACCGUGGUGGUCUAUGUGAACGGGGGCUGGUCCUCGUGGACGGAGUGGUCGAGCUGCAACGCGCGCUGCGGGCGCGGCUGGCAGAAACGCUCGCGCACCUGCACCAACCCCGCGCCCCUCAACGGGGGAGCCUUCUGCGAGGGCAUGUCCGUGCAGAAGAUCACCUGCACCUCCCUCUGCCCCGUGGACGGCAGCUGGGAGGUGUGGAGCGAGUGGUCAGUGUGCAGCCCCGAGUGUGAGCACCUGCGCGUGCGGGAGUGCACCGCGCCCGCGCCCCGCAACGGCGGCCGCCACUGCGAGGGGCUGAGCCAGGAGUCCGAGAACUGCACCGAGGGGCUCUGCAUCCAAGAUGUGGAGCGCGGCGGGGACAUCGCGCUGUACUCGGGGCUGGCGGCGGCGGUGCUGGCGGUGGCCGUGCUGGCGCUGGGGGUGACCCUGUACCGGCGCAGUCAGAGUGAGUACGGCGUGGAUGUCAUUGAUUCCUCUGCACUCACGGGAGGCUUCCAGAGUUUAAAUUUUAAAACUGUCAGACAAGGUAACUCGCUGCUGCUGAACUCGUCCCUGCAGCCCGAGCUGACCGUCAGCCGCACCUACAGCGGCCCCAUCUGCCUGCAGGACCCUCUGGACAAGGAGCUGAUGACGGAGUCGUCGCUCUUCAACCCCCUGGCCGACAUCAAGGUGAAGGUGCAGAGCUCCUUCAUGGUGUCCCUGGGCGUGGGCGACAGGCCCGAGCUCCGCGCCAAGGCCGCGCCCGGCGCCUUCCCGCAGGGCAGCCCGCGGCCGCCGGGCCCGGGCACGGCGCGGGCGCUGCUGAUCCACGGCCUGGCCUCCAUCUCCGGCGGGGCCCCGCUGCGCAGCGCCGCCCGCUUCGGCCACCCCGGGGGCCGCCUGCUGCUCCCCAACACAGGGGUCAGCCUGUUGAUCCCACACGGAGCUAUUCCAGAGGAGAGUUCCUGGGAGAUCUACCUGGCCAUCACCCAGAGGGAGUCCAGCCUGGAGCCGGAGGGCCCCGAGGUGCUGCUGGGGCCCGAGGUGAGCUGCGGGCCCCCCGAGCUGGCUGUGAGCACCCCGUGUGCCCUGACCAUCCCUCACUGCGCCCACGCCGACCCCCAGCACUGGAGCAUCCGCCUCAAAAGGAGGACGCAGCAGGGGACGUGGGAGGAAGUGAUGUCUGUGGAAGAGGAAACUACUUCUUGCUACUGCCUGUUGGAUCCUUAUGCCUGUCACAUUCUCUUAAACAGCUUUGGAACUUAUGCCCUAAUUGGGGAACCCAUCUCUGACUGCGCCGUUCGACAGCUGAAAGUCGCCGUUUUUGGCUGCCUGUCUUGCAAUUCUCUGGAUUACAAUCUGAGGGUUUAUUGUGUGGAUAACACCCCUUGUGCAUUCCAGGAAGUGGUUUCAGAUGAAAGACUCCAAGGGGGGCAGUUGCUGGAGGAACCCAAACUUCUGCAUUUUAAAGGCAACACCUGCAGCCUCCAGAUCUCGGUGCUGGACGUCCCUCCCUUCCUGUGGAGAAUCAAACCCUUCACUGCCUGUCAGGAGGUGCCGUUCUCCCGCGUGUGGCGCGGCGGCCCCCGGCCCCUGCUCGGCGCCUUCUCCCUGGAGCGCUUCAGCGCCGCCACCAGCCAGCUGUGCUGCACCGUCAGCGUGCGGCAGCUGCAGGGCCACGAGCUGCUGCUGCACGUCCAGACCGCCGUGCUCGAGGCUGAGAGGGAGAGCAUCGCCUUCUUUGGCCACGAGGACAGCGCCUUCCCUGCCCAGCUGGGCCCCAAGGCGUUCAAGAUCCCGCGCUCCAUCCGGCAGCGCAUCUGCGCCACCUUCGACACGCCCGGCGCCAAGGGCAAGGACUGGCAGAUGCUGGCCCAGAAGAACAACAUCAGCAGGAACCUGUCGUUCUUCGCGGCGCAGGGCAGCCCCUCCGCCGUCAUCCUGGACCUGUGGGAGGCGCGGCACCAGCACGACGGCGACCUGGACUCGCUGGCCUGCGCCCUGGAGGAGAUUGGAAGGACACACUCCAACCCCUCGGACGGGCCAGAGCCCGAGGAGCCCGAGUUCCCCUGCAGCAGGAAGGGGCUGUAGCCCCUCUGCCCUGCCAGGACCUGCCCGGCCCUGCCCCGGCGCCACGGCAGGGUCCGGUGCCCCUGGGGAUGGAACUCACCCCAGAGCAGUGGCACUGCCAGGAGCAGAACGGCCCUGCUAAAAAAACCUCUGGUGAUGGGGAAAAGAAGCUUCUCCUUGUCCUCCUCCACUUAAAUCCACUUUUGGUGCCCCAGACUGCCCUGUGUCAGUCCCGGGGCAGGAGGGAGAGACACAGAGCCAUAAGAGGUAAAUGUUCUUGUGUGUUUAGGAACAGUCAUGUUCAUGUAAUGCCUAGUGAAAAUCAACAAAUAAUGUUGGAUAUUUCGAGCCACUGGAGGUUAGUCCUGGUGAAAAGGUUUCUCACUUCGAGAAUGGUUUAAAAUCCCAUCACGUUGUCACUUUAUGUCUGCUACAGGAAAACUGAGAAUUUGGCCUUAUCCUGUUCAGAUGUUGGAGGAGUUAGAAGAUCUCAUAAUUAUUUCAUGUCAUGUGUACUCCAAAUAAUUUGUUUUAAAAAUUCAGCCCCUUAAUGAAUGUACAUUUGCUGCAGAGCUUUGCUGCCUGCUCUGUUACCAAAAUUCCAGAACAAACCCCUUUUCUCUGAGACUGGGGGCUGUGCACACGCAAGAGGAAUUUUCUAAUUUUCUACGUCUGCAAACUUUCUUCGUCAAAAACUGUCUUUGGGGGUGGAUUUAAAUAACCAAAUAACACACGGGAAAUUUCCAGCCCUAUUUUAGCAAGUUGAGACAUUUAUUUUUAUUACUUCACGCUCCUUGGUUGAGCUAAAGGUGAAGGCAACCAGCACAGCUUCAUUUUGGUUUGGUUUCAGGUUGAAACCACAAACCCCCCUCGGCACUGGCCUUGAUUCCGUUGCACAAUUUGGGAAUUUCACAGGAUCCAGAGCUGGCUGUGUUACCUUGGUUUAGUUACAAAUAGCAUUUACCCCCAAAAUCUGAAUCUAACCAGAGAAUUCGCCUCGUUUUUUAUCCAUUUCAUACAAAUAUGAUUUAUGACUUCAACCAAACCAAAAAGAGGUCACUGUGAGCGAGUGAGUGACUGGUGGAGCUGGUCCUGAGCCAAACCUCACCAUUGUUCUGUCCCUGCUUUUCACUCCCAUCCUUCACCAUAGCCGGGCUGCUCCUCAGUCCGUGUGGCUGCCAGGGGCACAGCCAGGAGAAACAGGCACAGAAAUGAGGCACUGGGAGCUUUGUGGAAAUGCAGGAAACCCACAACAAGGAUUUGGGGCUGUUUUAGCCCCGUGUUUGGCUGAGAGCAGCACGACAGCCCCCAGGAAUUGUUCCCUCACCCAGGACUGCAGUGGGAAAAUCUGAACAGCGACAACAACGACAGCAACAACAACUCUGCCCUUGCUCCUGCUGCUCUGGAAUCGCCAGUGUCACUGCUGCCCGGCUCAGGGACAGGCUGAGAGCUGGAAAUCCUGAGAGCUGGAAUCCUGAGAGCUGAAAUCCUGGGAGCUGAAAUCCUGGGAGCUGGAAAUCCCGAGAGCUGAAAUCCUGGGAGCUGAAAUCCUGGGAGCUGAAAUCCUGGGAGCUGAAAUCCUGGGAGCUGAAAUCCCGAGAGCUGAAAUCCUGGGAGCUGUGCACACCCCUCCUGCGGCUCAGCGUGCCCUGCAGCCUGGCAGGAGGCUCCCGGUGCAGGGGCAGAUUUCGGGGCAGACAGAAAUACCGGCUGCAAGCUGUGGCUGCUCCAGCAGCACAUGCUCCUCGCAGGGCUGGGACUGCAGCUCCAGUGACUGCCAGUCCUCCCCCUCAGAAACCUGUUCUUGGUUGGACAAAAUGUCAGGCAUCAGAAAAAACAAAACAAGGGAUGGCAUCCAGGGAGCGUCUGCGAGCUGCCGUUGUCGGGGAAACCAGCCCGGGUCUGUCUCCGGCAGGGAAUUUGUUCUCAGCGCCUCGGAGCAGCUCCGGCUCUGCUGCAGGCUGGGCUGGGGUCCCCAGCACAGCCCGGGGGCUGCAGGGCCAUUCCCCAAGCUGAGUCCUCUGCUCUGCCUCCCAGAGCUCCCCCACAUCCCGAAAGGAGCUCGGGGAGCUCAGCCCUGCAACCUUUCCCCAGGGAACAGCCGGGGUUCCGCCCUGGGAGCACCCCGGGAGCUCUGCAGAGCCCCGGGCAGCACACCCGGCUCACAGAGACCCGGCUCACAGAGACCCGGCUCACAGAGACCUGGGACCCCAAAGCCCGGCUCACAGGGGCUGGGCUGACCCCAAAGCCCGGCUCACAGAGACCUGGGACCCCAAAGCCCGGCUCACAGGGGCUGGGCUGACCCCAAAGCCCGGCUCACAGGGGCUGGGCUGACCCCAAAGCCCGGCUCACAGGGGCUGGGCUGACCCCAAAGCCCGGCUCACAGGGGCUGGGCUGACCCCAAAGCCCGGCUCACAGGGGCUGGGCUGGCCCCAAAGCCCGGCUCACAGGGGCUGGGCUGUCCCCAAAGCCCGGCUCACAGGGACCUGGGCUGUCCCCAAAGCCCGGCUCACAGGGACCCGGCUCACAGGGGCUGGGCUGACCCCAAAGCCCGGCUCACAGGGACCUCGGCCCCACAGCAGAGCCCCAGUUCCACCACAAUCCCACCGAGUUCAUGCCUGGAAGGAGUAAAUGUCCAACCUGGACCAUUCCCAAAGGGAACUGUUCCCCUGUGGCCGGGGCAGGGCACAGUUGGAUGUCAACCCUCACGUUGUGUUCCCUGGUUUUUUUUCCCUUUGGCUGAAGCAGUUCCUUGUUGCUGAUCUCACUCUUUGAGAACCUGAAUCAACAACUCUUGAGUUUUCCUUCCUAUUCCUGCCUCUUCUGAUGCUCUUGUAUUCUUCAAAUGAACCAGAAAUGCCCCCAAUAUUUAUUUCCUUUCUCCCUUUCUCUUAAAAGACCUUUUGGAAAUCUGUGCACAUAUUUAUAUGAUUUGACCCAAAACACAGAUGUGGAGGAGCACCUGGGAAAGGAUUAGAGGCCAGAAAUUAAAAAUUAAUUCCUUUCUUCUGUUGUAUAAAUUAUGAUAUCUGAAAAACAAUUUUCCCGAACUAGAAAGUAAAAGAAAGAGAAAUGUGAUUUUCCCCCUGUAGAUUCCACGUGGCUGCCCUGGCUCUGCUCAGGGGAAAGAGCCAUUCUGAUUUUACAUCACCAAAGAAUCUGCUUCAAUAGAUUUUCAUCUUCCUGAGCACUUUGCCCAGGUAUUUCUGUGCCAUGACUCAUUGCAGACUAAUGGCUGCAUUUUAAAAAUGACUCCCAGCUCCGCCAGCACCAUAAAGCUCAUUUCCAUUUCGUACCGCCCUGCACUCCCACAGAAAUUUUAUUGGGAUUUUUGUAAUAGAUGAAAAGAUACCAACACAAUUCUCUUAAAAUCCGGGGAACUGCUUUUGUCCUUGCUUGUAUCUCUGGCUGCAGCUGCUCUCCCCUCUCUGGCUGGGCACUGCUGGCUUUAGAGAAUCUAUUUCACUAUAAAUCACCAAGAAGGGGCUUCUGCAGGGCCCAGGAUAUUCACAUCACACUGCAGGUCCAUUCUUCUCUCCCACUGGCAAGGCAGUGCUGGGUGAGUGUUAAAGCAUUCAAGAACUGAUCCAUUCCAGAGAAUAUUUCCCACAAAAGGAAGAGACAGCUCAGGUCCACGGUGAGUUAAACAAGGGAGGGACCGGGCUGGGCUUCUGCUCCCCACCUGAACCUUCUUUUUCCAGGCUGUUUCUGCCUGCAAAACACAGAUUGCAGCAAAGAGCUUCGUUAGUUCUUGGCUGGCAAUUAACCGAGUGGAAAACAGGAAAUGAGAUUUUUAAGUCCUUGGCAACCGUGGAUGAUCUCCAGGGCUGCCUCUCUGGCCUUUCCUUGGCUGAUUCCCCCAGGGAGUCUCACCUGGGCAGGAGAGGGUGAACCUCCCUCACCCGGAGCCUGGCCAGGUCCCCCUGCUCGGGAUUUUCCUGCGCUCUCCAUUCCUGGGAUUUGCUGAAAUUCCUCCCUGGCACUGCUCCAGCAGAGGCCGGGGCGUUUCUGUGACAGCAAACACAGAUGGGCAAUGGAUGGGGUCAGGUUAAAAUGAUUUACAGGGCUCCUGAGCAAGGGCAGGAGCUGAACCCCGGCAGUUCUGAGGUGAAAGUGGGACGAGAAACUUCAACCCAAUCCAACACAAAAUACAAAUAAUUCCUAAAAAGAGGAAAAAAAGUCAAGUAUUCCUCUAGAGAGACCUCUUUUCUCUUCUGCUCCUUUAUUUUUGCAAAGAAUAGGUUGUGAAGUGGUCGGUUCUUGGCUGCUCUGCCUGAGCAUCCCUCCCUGGCCCGGGCUCGGCGUGUUUGGGGUGAAGGAGGGCAGAGCUCUGGGCCCUUUCUUGAGGAUGAAGCUGAAGGAGUGGGGAGGGAGACAGAAAUGGAAUCAAAAGCAUGGCCUUGGCUUCAUACCACACUUUCUGUGCCUUGUUCUAUCAAUGUAAAUUCUGAAUGUUGUACAGUGAAAAUACUUGGGAGAGACUCCUUGGAAAAGGCUGCACUGGCUUCUUUUUUCAGCACAUGUAGAUAUAUAAAUAUAUAUACAUAUAUAUAUAUUUGGUAAUGCCAACCAGCUGUGUUCUAUUGUCCUGGAGAAGUCACAGUGGACACUUUGGAUGUUUUCUGUAGAGUUUCAGACCUGUAGGGCCCCGGCCUUCGGAGAGAGAUGUACAGAUGGGAAUUAUGGAUAUCAGCUAUUUAUGAAUAAAGAGUCUUUUACUGA